UAUGUAUCUGUUUCUAACAACUGUUUUCCUGCAAAUAGGAGUUAUAUAUCAAGUUAGAAAAGUUCUAUAACUAUUUACAUGUAAGAUAAUUCGAACUCAUAUAUUUGAGUGGAAAUACUGAUGGCAAAUAGUGCUUUGCUUUUCUGAUGUUUUAAUAGACUCUGUUUCACUGGAUCCAGUGUCUAUAAUCAGGGCAGUCCUGCUGAAGAGUAAGAGGUUGUGUUGCUGGAUAAUAAGCCCUACCUCUUAAGCAAAAUAUAUUUUUGGUAUUAGAAGGCUGAAAUUUGAAUGAGAACACACAAAUGAAAGAAUCUUAUGGAAGGUCGUUUUGUUUCAGAGAUAACACAAUUGCACAUUCAUGAAGACACAAGUUGUAUGUAUUUCAUUCAAUUGUCAUAAUCACAUAUGAAUUGUGCCCAUUUUAAAGACCUGAGUACUAUAUACUAAACAGCUACUCUUUGGAAAUGCUGCUAGACAAUGCAAAUGUUACAAUAAGUACAUCUAUAACAUUAUUUUAAAGUUGAUGUUAUAUCAUUCAAUGUAACCAUGAGACAUGAUGAAAAUGGUAACAUUUUAUUGAUGGUGAUGGACAGAAGUUUUACUACAAGAUGAUGAGAAAAUGUACAACAGAAACUUAUGUAUCUGACAUGUUUUUAAUCAUACAAAAAACAUUCAUCACCCAUUAAAAACUGCAAACAGAAAAUUUUAUGUGCUGAAAUUUGAUGUCAGGAGGCCAAAAUUUUUAUUAACUAUUACAAUGUAAAUAAAUUAAAAAUCCCUAAUUGUGGGGGUGUUUUUGGUAUUUUGAAAGUGACUUUAUUUUACCAUAAAAAUGUUCCCCUUGUUUUCGAUAAGCUGGUAUUUCCAUUAUUUCAUGUGUAAGGAAAAUUUUUCUAGAUUAUACUUCUCUCAUGCAAAUAUUUCCUCUCACCACAGAGAUAGCAGAAAAUUUCCAUUAGAAUUUGACUUAUCUCUUUAAGAGUCCUGUGUGCAUUACAGAAAUUGAGCCUGAACCAGAAGCAGUGUCACCUAUCUUUAAUCUCAUCACUCAGGAAGCAGAGACAGGCUAUCUCUGCAAAUCUGAGGACAGCUUGGUCUAUACAGGAAGUUCUAAGAUAUCCAGGGCUUCAGAGAGACAAACUGUCUUUAGAAAGGUUAAUUCAUAAAUGAUGAAAACUAGACUCUGGUGCAGUUUCUAAAGUAAAUCUCAUAAUUAUCACAUGAUGGCAUGGGUUCGUGAUCGAAAGUCUCAUCACCCAGAAAAAUGCUCAUAGGAAGUAUAUCCAUGGAAAGACAAGGUCAAGGGCGGAAACAUAUUCUUCAAAUGGCAGGCAGUCCAUGGACUUGUGUCAACUUGAAUUGCUUCCUCCAGAGAUGAGCAAAUGCCAUAAUUAUGACCUCAAGCCAGCAAAGUGGGAUACUUCUCAAGAGCAUCAGAAACAAAGAUCUGCACUCCCUACCAGCCGACCUGGAGAGAAUGGUAUCAUAAGACGAAGGUCUUCUAUAGAAGAACUCAAAAUAUCUCCACUGUUCGUUGUUCGAGUCCUUGUUGCAGCCAUGACCAUUCGCUUCACCGUUAUCACAUUGACAUGGCUUGCUGUUUUCAUAACUUUGUUAUGCAACAAGGAAGUUUCAGUUUCCUCAAGAGAGGGCUACUGUGGCCCAUGCCCUAACGACUGGAUAUGUCACAGAAACAACUGUUACCAAUUUUUUAAUGAGAACAAAGCCUGGAACCAGAGCCAAGCUUCCUGUUUGUCUCAAAAUUCCAGCCUGCUGAAGAUAUACAGUAAAGAAGAACAGGAUUUCUUAAAGCUGGUUAAGUCCUAUCACUGGAUGGGACUAGUCCAGAGCCCAGCAAAUGGCUCCUGGCAGUGGGAAGAUGGCUCCUCUCUAUCACCCAACGAGUUAACACUGGUGAAAACACCAAGCGGAACCUGUGCUGUCUAUGGCUCAAGCUUUAAGGCCUACACAGAAGACUGUUCAAAUCCAAACACAUACAUCUGUAUGAAAAGGGCAGUGUAAAGAUUUCAUUAACCGUCUCACAGAAACAGCCAGGACAAGAGAAUUGUCCCAGGAGAAACUGGAACUAAUGAGACUCAACAUAAGACAAACAUAAAAGAACAGUACUGCGCCCUCCACAGAACUAAUAGUUGGACAUAUCGUGUCCGGUAAAACAAGGGGAGCCUGUGGGGCCAAGGAACUAUGAGGCAGGGGAUGGAGGGAGCAAGAGGACUAAGAGUUUGGUUGAGGCCUAUCCAAACCCGGGAAAUCUGGCCCUGCCCUACUGGAGGAGGCCUUGUUGCCCAGUAGACUCUCCCUUAUAAGAUCAAGUCUAUCAACACCUGGAAUUCUUCCAAGAUAUCCCCUACACACUCCCUAAAAGUUUAAAUAGCCCCUUUCCCCCCAAUUAAAUGACCUAUCUUAUUCAAGAUGCCUCAAGAGCGUCUAGAAUCUAUUCUAGAACUCACUGUCCUCUGAGUUCUUUUCACUCCUGGCAGUUCUUGCCUCACUUCUCUCAGAUUCUGCUGUUGUGGUGGCUGGCUGACUGAUUGUGCUGCUUCUAGGAUAUGAGGAAAAAGAAAAGGAGGAGCCUCGAUUUCAAGAUGGAACCAACACAUAAAGGAACUGUGAGAACAGGAGAAGACAGCCCUAUAGCACUGGGUGUUUAAACUCCAGCACUAUGGAAACUGUUGGCUGGGUAGGACCACAGUAGGAACCACAGAUUGUCAGCUGUGGCCAGCAGGGUUGUCAUCUUAGUGAUCCAAGAAAGCAGCCUUCUGUCUGGGAGGGACAACAGGGACUGUCUGAGUAAGGUCAAGCAGGACUGCUUUCAGAACUUGAAGAUCUCAUGGAACUCACUUUGUGGAGGGGAGGACUCCCCCCCCCUUUCAUAUGUUUUCCACUUGAGGUAACAGUGUCUCUUGAACGCAAAUCACCCUCUUUUGAAAGUAUAUAGCUUGUUUCACUUUACAAAUCAGAAAAAAAACUUUUUUUGACUUUCUCACCUA